AUGCCUGGCGAGAAUGACGACCCCCGGUCACGUAUUCACACUAUCCCACAACCAUCAAAUCCCACCGUCAUGAGUUCUAAGUCCACCGCGCAACGGCUUCCUCCGCCUGAGAAGCCAGAGGCCAUCCGUACUCGCUUCAAGGUCAUCGCUGCAUUUUGGGCGGUCGUUAUCUUCCUAGGAUUUCCGAUAUGGUGGAAGACAACGUCAAUCUAUCGGGCUCAUUUGCCUCUGCAGGAGAUGGUCGAUUGGGCUGAUGGAAAGACAUGUCGCCCUGUGUUCCCUCUUGAAAUCCGACUUGAGGCGCCGUAUAUGCAACGCUCAGAAGCGCAGCAUCUCCUUCGCACCACGCAGCAUACUCUCGAUGACCACAACGAAUUCUCCGCCCACCACCUCCGCUUAAAACUCGCCGAGGACACGGCCAGUCCAGAGGAUAAUGCAAAUGUCCAGGCACAGCCGACGCCAGAUGGUUUGGGAAAAGCCGAUACUGCAUUGACAGUACGACUACUGCCCCAGGAUGAUUUAACUGCUCCGAAAGCAGAGCUCCAUGCCGAGACCACCCAGCUGGAUGUCAUGUAUCCUCCGAGCCAGGUCCCCGCGCCAUCAUCAUCCAAUCCACCUCUGUCCGCUUACAUCGCAGGGGAACUGCAGAAUCUGUUCACGGAGGAGAAAGCUACCAUUGCGCAGAUCUUGUCCGACAGUAAUUUGGGCGGCGCUAAUACCAACGCCCCUGCGUCGUCGAACAACCAGCAGCCGUCCGCGGUCCUCAACUCCAUCUCGCCCCAACUCGCAGAGAGUAUCAGCCGGCGGCUCAGACGGUCCAUGAAGUACGCAGAGACCUAUCAUCUUGCUUUCUCUCUCUUCACGCCCGGAUCGGAGCCCUCCUCGUGGGACAUCCAGGCCGCCGUGGAGGAGUACAUCUCCCCUCUGUUGCAGGCACUCGCGCCCAUCAGCAACUUCACCGUCGAUACGCAAGUCCAACUAUACGCGACGUUCUCGCCAACCGCACCCCUGCCCGAGUACGACGAAACGCAAGCGGCAUGGACCCUGAAGAAAGAAGACCUGAGCGCCUUCAUCAACGCCGCCGAGUGGCCCCUAAGCCCGAGCAUCGGCAACGGCCCCACAAUCAACUUCAUCCUCUACGUGCCCACGCCCUCGCAGUCACCCAUGCUCGUCAAGGAAAGCGGCGCGACUAGCUGGAUCAUCCCGCAAUGGGGCGGUGUCUUCCUCCUCAACCCGCCCCUAUCGACCGUCAACGACAACCCCUCUAACCCAGCCCACCUGUCCAAGGAAGCCCUGCGCGCCGCCUUCCUCACCUUCUCCCACCAGCUGCUCACUCUCCUCGGCGUCCCCACAACCCCCACCUCUCUCCCCUUCCGCCUGCAGACCCUCAUCCGCAUCCGCGCCGCCACCCUCCUCCUCUCCGCCUCCUCCACCAUGGGCUCGCUCGCCCGCCUCACAGAGUCCCUCCCCUCGAUCCCCAUCCCCGCCAACGUCGCUGCAUCCGUUUCCGCCACGCUCUCGCAUCUGACUUCGGCAUGCACCCAUCUGCGUGACGGCCGCUUUGAGGCCGCCCUCGCCAGUGCCCGAGUCGCGGAGACCGAGGCCGAGCGCAGUUUCUUCGAGAAGACCAUGGUGGGCCAGAUGUAUUUCCCCGAUGAGCAUAAAGUAGCCGUGUAUCUCCCCUUGCUGGGCCCCGUCGGCGUUCCGCUCCUUGUGGGGCUCUUGAAGGAAGUCAAGAGGCUGGUGGCGGAAUGGAAGGCCAGGCGGGCCAUCCGCUCAUAA